GCCCGCGGAAACCCCGCCCAGCCAGUGCCUGGAAUUCCUCCAUCAGCGCUUUAUUCCGCGGUCCUGCGCUGUCCUGGGUUAACCUGAAAGUAAUCCCUGAGAUUCCCCUUUCUGGCUUUCGGGGAGCCAGGGACACACCGGAGACCGGAUUCUCAGCUCUGCAGGAGCAGGCCUGGGCCGGAAAAGCCCAGAGGGCAGAGAGAGCUGUGCUGGGGAUUCCAGAAAGGCGUCCGGUCGGAGGGAACCUGGGAGCUAGGGUCUGAGGAGGAGUUUGUCAAAUGAAGAAGGGUAUCCGAGGAGGAGGGAACGGCGGGAGCGAAAGCUGGGGGAGGGGCGAGAAACUUGGAGAGUUCUGAGAACACAUGUAGGAAUCUUCCCAGAGAUUUGGACUAGACUUUACCAGGGCCAGGGCGUGAGUUCCCCGGACCCCUUCCGUCUGCGCCCCUGAGAUCUCUUGCGUCGCCUAAAGCUUUGGAGUGGCCCGAUGGAAAAUACGGGACUCGAACCCUCGUCUCGGUGUAAUUCCCACGGCCCUGGGCCAUGCGUGGUUCUUCCUCCCACCCUUCAUUUCCGGUGUCUCGGAUUCUCACUGUUCUAGGAUCCUAAAAAUUCGGUCUAAGGUUGCCGGGGGAACGCCAUUUCGCGGCACCCCCGCGUGCAGCCCCUCCCCGCCUCUUGCCCUGUCACCAGCCAAUAGAAACGAAGAUCUUCAGUGAGUGGGCAGUACGUCUUCUAAGGGGCCCAAUGGUGAUCGGGAAUCGUUGAGCAGUUUACCAGUCACGCCGCGGAGUAGGCGGGGCCUCCUGUCAGGACUAGAAGUCACCCAGGCUGAGAGGGUAGGCGGAUCGCCGGUUGUGAAUCCAUGUGGCGGGGGUUGUGGACCCUGGUAGCCCGGGCCGCACGUGGGCCUCGCAGUCCCAGACCGUGCACGCGCCAGGGCAGCGGCGUCUCGGUCCCCGGUUCCGGGGCCACUAUCUUCGCGCUGAGUUCCGGCCACGGCCGCUGCGGCAUCGCGGUGAUCCGAACCAGCGGCCCCGCCAGCGGCCACGCCCUCCGGAGCCUCACGGCGCCCCGGGACUUGCCCCCGGCUCGCAGCGCCUGCCUGCGCCUGCUCAGCCACCCCCGUUCCGGGGAGCCGUUGGAUCGCGCGCUGGUGCUCUGGUUCCCAGGUCCCCAAAGUUUCACGGGUGAGGACUGCGCCGAGUUCCACGUGCACGGAGGCCCGGCGGUGGUGAGUGGCGUCCUGCAGGCCCUGGGUUGCGUGCCAGGGCUGCGGCCAGCGGAGGCCGGUGAGUUCACCAGACGGGCAUUCGCCCACGGGAAGCUGAGCCUGACCGAGGUGGAGGGGCUGGCGGAUCUAAUUCAUGCGGAAACCGAGGCGCAGCGGCGGCAGGCGCUGAGACAGCUGGACGGAGAACUGGGCCACCUCUGUCACGGCUGGGCCAGGACCCUCACUAAGGCUCUGGCUCAUGUGGAGGCCUAUAUCGACUUUGGUGAGGAUGACAACCUGGAGGAGGGCGUCCUGGAGCAAGCUAACAGCGAAGUGCGGGAGCUGCAGCUGGCACUGGGCGCACAUCUUCGAGAUGCCAGGCGCGGGCAGAGGCUUCGCUCAGGGGCGCACGUAGUGGUCGCAGGACCCCCCAACGCUGGCAAGAGCAGCCUGGUGAACCUACUCAGCCGGAAGCCUGUGUCCAUAGUGUCUCCGGAACCCGGGACCACCCGCGACGUGCUGGAGACCCCCGUGGACCUGGCCGGGUUCCCGGCGCUGCUGAGCGACACGGCGGGGUUGCGGGAGGGCGCUGGGCCCGUGGAGCAGGAGGGCGUGCGGCGCGCCCGGGAGAGGCUUGAGCAGGCUGACCUCGUUCUAGCCGUGCUGGAUGCUUCUGACCUGGCCUCUCCGUCCAGCUGCAACUUCCUGGACACCGUUGUCGCCCCCGCCGGAGCUGGGAGCCCCAAUGGGAACAGCCAGCGCCUCCUGCUGGUGCUGAACAAAUCGGACUUACUGCCUCCAGGCGGCCCCGACCCCAGUCCCAACCUGCGCCCGCACCUGCUGCUGUCCUGCUUGACCGGAGAGGGGCUGGAUGGCCUCCUGGAGGCGCUGAGGAAGGAGCUGGCCCAAGUGUGUGGGGACCCGUCCACAGGCCCACCGCUCCUGACGCGUGCAAGGCACCAGCAUCACCUACAGGGCUGCCUGGACGCUCUUGGCCACUACACGCAGACUAAGGACCUGGCCCUGGCUGCUGAGGCUCUGCGACUCGCCCGGGGGCACCUGGCCCGCAUCACCGGCGGAGGGGGCACUGAGGAGAUCCUGGAUAUCAUCUUCCGGGACUUCUGCGUGGGCAAGUGAGGGGACCCCUGGAGCUCUCAGCCAGGCAGAGUGGAUGCCCAGAAGCCUUGAAGCAUGUGGGAAUAGCUUAGGCCAAGUGAGAAUCUCCAUCCCUGGGGGAAGAGCCUGACUCCAGAACAAUGAGGCAAAGCCGCUGCCUUCAGAGGUGGUGAGCCCGCUGUGGCUGGCGGUGACCAAGCUACGGCCAGCCAGAUUCCCUUGCAGGGACGUGCCAGGGUUCAAGCCGCUCUGGAGUGGAACCGCGUUGGGUGCCUGAUGCUGGAGGAGCAGGGGUGGAAGGCUGGGAUGGAGGUGGGAGGGCCUCAGAGUUCUUUGCUUUGUGGUUUUUAAUUUAUUUUGCAAAUACCAAAGGAAUAUAAAAAAUUCAGGUGAUUCAGAAAUGCUUAAACACGGAAGACUCCGUCCCCCCACAUCCCUUGGGGUCACAGCUUAACUUGUGUCCUCCCAAAAUUUCUCUGCUCUUUUGCAUACUUGUGGAUACACCCAUAAAAUAUACGUUUUGUAUUUUGUACAGACA